UCUCGCUCACUGCGGCUGCGGGCGGCAUCCCUCGCCAAGGAAGGAGAAGGCACCGAGCCCGGCGCCGCCGCCCAGGCCACCUCGCUCCCGGGGCAGAUGCAGGCCAUCAAGUGUGUGGUCGUGGGAGACGGGGCUGUGGGGAAGACCUGUCUGUUGAUCAGCUACACGACAAAUGCCUUCCCCGGAGAGUACAUCCCCACUGUGUUUGAUAAUUAUUCUGCCAACGUCAUGGUAGAUGGAAAGCCAGUUAACCUGGGCCUGUGGGACACAGCAGGACAAGAAGACUAUGACAGACUGCGACCUCUUUCCUACCCACAGACGGAUGUUUUCCUGAUCUGUUUCUCACUGGUGAGCCCAGCUUCCUUUGAAAAUGUCCGAGCCAAGUGGUACCCAGAAGUCAGACAUCACUGCCCCAACACACCGAUCAUCUUGGUGGGCACCAAGCUGGACCUGAGGGAUGACAAGGACACCAUUGAGAGGCUGCGUGACAAGAAACUGGCUCCCAUUACCUACCCCCAAGGUCUAGCUAUGGCCAGGGAGAUUGGUUCAGUGAAGUACCUCGAAUGCUCUGCCCUUACACAGCGAGGCCUCAAGACUGUCUUCGAUGAAGCCAUCCGGGCUGUGCUCUGCCCCCCACCGGUGAAGAAGCCUGGCAAGAAGUGCACUGUGUUCUAAGGGCCUCUGAGUUCAGCAUGUCAUGGGUUUCUCUUCCUUGUGUGUGCGAGGAGGGAGCGUUCGCUGGGUCUGCCCGCAGUGGGAGUGGCGGGGCCCUUCAUCAUGUACGAAGUCAGUGUUUUUUACAUGUCUCUUUGAUUUAACGUCUGUGUCGAUGUAAAAGGGCCGCAUGGGAGGAAGAGGAGCUCAAUGCUGUCCCACCCCCAGGGCGGAGCAGUGGGAGGAGCAUGCUCCCCAUGACUCCAUGCCAGGGGGGUAAUGCAUUGAGUGGAAAGACCAGCCCUUUCUUACUACUUCUAU